AUGCGCACUUCGAAGGUUUCUCAAGAUACCACGCGAAUCUUUAGCGCUCUCUCGACCAAUGCUCGCUCAGCAACAAGGCGCUCGACGCGCAGUUCGAAGCUGAUCUCGACGUUCUCUCUCGGUCAUGAUGGCACCGUCGAAAUCAAAGAACAAGACGAGCCUCACUCAGAAACUCCUCCGAGUCCCGCAGCUGACAUUGAAGACGCGUUUGAGCCCUCUCCACAGCUCUCCCGGAAACGGAAGCGGCGUAGUGACUCUCCUCAUCCCUCAACGCCGCCAUCGAAACUCAGCAGUACCCGCAUCAAGGCUGAAAUUACCUCUCCAACCCUGGAGCCCAUAUUAGCUACGGCUUCCCCACGUCAAAAAGCCCUGCCCAAAAUUCCUGCUCGCCGCAAACCCCUUCCGAAUGGCACCUAUGCCUAUACACCACCCUCCAACUGGACUACCAUGUACAACAUUGUCAAAGACCAACGCGAGCGCAAUCCCACCGCACCCGUCGAUACGAUGGGCUGUGAGGACCUUUUCUGGCAGUCUGCGUCUCCCAAGGAGCAACGCUAUCACACCCUCGUCGCCCUGAUGCUCUCCAGCCAGACCAAAGACACUGUCACGGCCGCGGCAAUGUACAGACUGCACACAGAGCUAGCGCCAUUGGCAUCACUCGAUGAUGACGGGAAGGCCAUAUCCAGCAGUCUGACAGUGCAAAACAUCGUUUCAUGCGACGCGAAGCACUUGGACAGCUUGAUUGGGAAAGUGGGUUUCCACAACAACAAGACCAAGUACCUUAAGUCGACGGCACAAAUUCUACUUGACGAACACGAUGGUGACGUGCCCAGUACGCUCGAAGGUCUUGUAGCGCUUCCUGGUGUCGGACCGAAGAUGGCGUUCCUAUGUCUGUCUGGUGCGUGGGGUCUGGAUCAUGGGAUCGGCGUGGAUGUACAUGUGCAUCGGAUCACCAAUUUGUGGGGCUGGCACGCCACCAAGAACCCAGAAGAAACGAGAAUGUGGCUCGAGGGCUGGCUGCCACGAGAGAAGUGGCAUGAGAUCAAUAAGCUGUUGGUCGGGUUGGGGCAGACGGUAUGCUUGCCCGUUGGACGGCGGUGCGGAGAGUGCGACUUGCAAGGUACCGGUUUGUGCAAAGGAGAGGUCAGGGGUUGGAAAGCAAGUCCACGAAAGAUCAAGGUCGAGGAGAAGAAAGUCGUUGGAGUGAAAUACGAGGGAAUGGGCGGGGAAAGGAACAUUGAGAAGCUGGAGAUCAAGUGUGAAGGCUGA